AUGGGCAGCAUCCAGGAUCUUCCGAACGAGCUUCUGCUCCAAGUGAUGGAGCAUUGCGGCUCAGACCUUUUACAACUUGUGAAGGCAUACCCAACCGCCCUGAGCUGUUUCUCCGAAAAUCGCAAAUCCUUCGUCGCCCGCAUGUCAAAUCGCUUCAGAAACAGCCUGGAUUUUUCUUCGUUCCUGCGCCCAGCACGCUUGCGCUAUAUCAGACAGGAACGAAACUUUUCUUUCCCAAAGAUCUUCCUUAUUGAAGACAAGAUAUCACAAGUUCUUAAGUCAACCCGCCAUACUACGCCACCGGAAUUGCACAAGUUCUCGCUCUCAGCACUUUGCAGCAUGUCAGGUCUUGGUGAAGAUGCAAAGCUGAUAAUCGAUGAGUAUUCAAAGCAAGCUCUGGCAAAUAUGGCUAAGAACCCCGGUGCUGAUUUCUAUGUUACACGACAGUCAAAAGAGCUGACACAGGAUGAGCGAAGGCGUUUUAUGACUGCAGCCAUUACCUUUGAAAGUUACUGUCUGACCUUCUUCAAUAGACAGCAAUUGCUGCAUGAGCGGGGUGACGAAUUUCGACAAAUGUUUUUCAAAAGGUAUGGCCGUGGCAUGCGUCGCAAGAACGCCGUUGGGAGAUUUUACUGCAUUAUGUUCUAUAUACUGCAGAAACAUCGGGAGCUACUUUCAAAUGUUGCUAAGCAUCUCGAAUCCAUCCACGGUAGGGUCUUACCAUCAUUGACUGACGGCCCUCAACAAUACCUAGAAAAGAGUUUUUUAAACUCAAUGCAGGAAGACUACGAGACAAGAUUUUUCAACCACCUCCACUAUCUUACUUCUCAGGGCCUAGGGAUGCUUGCACGCCUUCAGAAAAUGAGCAUCGAAGAGUUGACAGGAUUUGUUUUAACGACAUACCUAGACUCCAGGGAGUUCAACUAUCCCGCUGUUUCUAUAACGAUGGAAAUACGGGACUUUCCAUUAGGAACACAAGAAGAUUAUCGACCUUGGCUUCCGUGGAUAUACCUGGAUGAUAUCCUUGAAGACGCGUAUAAUUAUGAAACGGGUGGAUAUGAAAUUUGGGAGGAUACUUGGAGUCGCGCAAUUCCCUUCUGGGAUCCAAGUGAGGAUGAGUGUCCAUAUAUUGAGCAUCCAUAUAGUAGGUUCUUUGUAAAUCAAUCACCGGUUCAGUUCUGGUUCCUAUACCGGGCAGACUAA